AUGACUUCCUGCUUCGGCCUGUUCGGGAAGAGCGACGACGAUGAUCGAGCACCAUUGCUGCCCCAGUACCAUGACGACACCGAACUGCAGCGUAGGCUGCACCAGAAGCUGCACACCUACCAGAUGUUCCGCGCGAUAUCGCAAGGGUAUAUGCCCAGCACGGAGCAGAUCAUCAUCAAUCUGCGCACAAUAAUGGCCAGCGACGUGCUCAACCCCGACAACCCAGAUCUGUCACAGAGCGGCAGGAGGCUGGUCAAAUACGCCAAGACAUGGCUCCAGCAGUUCAUGGACCUACUGCUGCACAAGAACGCCAGAGAUCAAAUCCAGGACUUACUAUGGUUCCUCAGCAAGAGCAAGGUAUCCGUGGAUGUGGACGAUAUUGCAGCGAGAGCACAAAAGAGCAAAGCCAAGGCCGACACAGCUGCUGCCUACCAGAGCUUGAAGAACGUCGGAUCUCUCCUUCUCACAAACUCGGACUUUCGCAUAUUCUUGAGCGACUUGAACGUCAUUGGUCGUGAAGUUUUCAGAGACUCUGCUUUCACCUUGUCCAACGUUGCAGAAGAGGUAGGAAAGAAGAUCGAGCCAGCUCCAGGACAGGAAGAGGCGGUAGCCAAGCCGGGCGAGGAUGGGAAGAAGACACCUCCUACUACACAAGAGCUUGGUGGAGAAGUGGCAGAUAUCAGCAAGGUCGUGACCAAUGGCACUGCAAAGGUAGCCCAGACAGCUGCCGAGAGUGCAGAGGAGAAGUUGGCUGGCGAUGAAGGCAAGACGUUGCUCAACCGCUUGAAGCAGGCUGUUUUCAAGCUGCGAGAGCGCAAUGACUACUCCGAAUCGGUCUCCACCUUAUCACUGCUGCUGAAGCGCUACGCAAUGGCAUACUCUCGCGUCGCCGAGGACGUUGUGGACGUUGCACGACGCGACCUACACGAGAACGAGGCGCUGGAUCGUGCUAUGCACAACAUGUGGAUCUUUGUAAAGAGCUUUGGCGACACGAACGAGUGGGAGAGAUGCGAGUCUUUGCUGAAGCAGGUCAUGACACACAGCCAGAGCAAUCCAGACUUCGAGAACCUCAUGAUCGACACCGGCAACUCCCUACAGAAGCUCUUGACUGAUCCCGAGUUCUUCGACAAUGCUGCUGAGAAGUUCAACGAGCUCAGAGGGAAGAGCCAGAAGGCUGGCAAGGGCAGUGACUUGAGCAAAGAUGCCGAGGCUUUGAUCAGCCAGAUUGAGGUGACAUUGAAGUCCGUCUUGCAGGACGAAGACAUUCACAACUUGAUCCAGAGCAGCAUGCGCAUCUUCAAGAUCCUGUCACCACUCGACAACCAAGCGACCAACCCAGAGCUACUACAGGAUGGCAUCAACGUCUUCGUGCCUCUGCUCAUCGCCGCUGUCCAAUAUGUUCCUAUUCCAAGAGUCGAGAUCAGCACACCAGAAGCAGACAUCCUCCUUGAGAACCUGAUCAUUGAGCCUGGAAAGACUGUCAACCAGACCUCUUUCCUGCCUUACCGCCUGAAGGUGGAGACGUACAAUGACCUCGAGAUCCGCAAGGCCAAAUUCAAGACCACCACUGCCACCACCAACCUGAUGACCGUCAAGAUCGAUGGCCUAUCCUUCAAGGCAGAGGAGAUCGGCUUCUGGCUGCGUGCUCACAAGGGCCUGCUUCGUCUUGCCGAUGAGGGUAUCGCCAGCUUCGCGCUCGAUGAGAAGGGUAUUGACAUCCACUUUGAUGUCGAGAUCUGCAAGGAGAAGCUGGAGCAGAUAUUGACACUCAAGGCCGUUCGGGUUCACAUCCACAAGCUGAACUAUCAGAUGCGAAAGUCGAAGUUCAGCUGGUUCGGGUGGCUGCUCAAGCCGCUGUUGCGCCCCAUCGUCCGCAAGACAAUGGAGAAGCAGCUCGCCACAGCCCUUGCCAACUUCUUCCACUCCGCGAACCGGGAGCUUGUCUACGCUCGCGAGCGCCUGCGUGCCACUCGCAUAUCUGACCCCAACGACCUAAUGACCUUCUUCAAAGCCGUCACCGCGCGCCUCACUCCAGACGAGAAUCCAGACCUCUACACCCGAGUCGGUGUCGCGCAGCCUGGCAAGGGCGUGUUCAAGAAUGUGUACGCGCCUGGAUCGAUUGUGAAGGUGUGGAAUGAGCAGGCUUCUAGGGCGACUGAACGCAUUGAGGAUUUUGAGGAAGGUGGCUGGCGAAAUGAGAUUUUCGACACGCACGUUCAGACUAUGACUUAG